AAUUACUUGUGAAAAUAAAUUCUAAUUCUAAUUACUUGCCAUGUGACACUAAUUACUUUCCAUGUGACAAAAUGACAGACAAAAGUUUAUCCCUGUGGAGAACCAGGAUCAUUGCUGAGAUGAUGGAUACUAGAAAGCUUUCUGAGUGUGAAUUGGAUGAUGUCUACAAGUUCCACAGAAAAGAUGUGCGCAGAAAAUGAUAAGGACAGUAUCCCAGUACUCAAGAGCAGCCAAUGAUGCAUAUCGAAGAGGUGAUUGUGUUUCCGGUCAUCAUUACUCAUUGAUGGCUCAAGAAGCACAAUUCGCUGCUAAUUGUCUCAACGCUAGGGCAGCCACAGAAAUAUUCAAAUCCGUGAAUAGAAUGGAUGAUUUAUGGAGAUUGGAUUUGCAUGGUCUUCAUGCAAAUGAAGCCAUUCGAGCUUUGCAAUGCCGUCUGCAACAAAUUGAACUAUCAGGGCAGAGGCCAAAACCAUUAGAGGUCAUCACAGGUAGAGGUAAACACAGCCGAGGAGCUCCUGUCAUUCCAGCAGCUGUGACGAACUACCUUAAGGAAUGCAGAUACCGUUUCUAUGAAUUGCGGGCAGGAGCAAUAGCAGUUCGGCCCAAGUUUGUAGAGAUAAAGUUAUGAGAUUCUUAGCAAGCCAAACGAUUAUCUGAGCUGCUGCUAGUUGUGGAGGUCCUUGCUUGAAUCAUUUAUUCUUUGCAAAUGAUUGUUGCAUCUU